AUAUACAUACCACCACUCCACAUGAUAUCAUUGUCCUUUGCGAGCAUUGCAAACGGUGAGUCCUUGGUAUUAUCGAGGCUGGCCUCGCGCGCUGCUUCACACAACUUCGUCGCCAGACUUCCUACUUUUUCGGACGAAAGCAACGUCAAGGAAUUGCCACUUGCCCAACGUUUAUCUCUGGCUGCUACAUCACCCCCUCUUAUGAGUCCAACUGACUGUUCCCAUUCUAGUGCUAUCUUAGCGACAUCGUCGAUAUCCACGUUGUCGAAUACUGUAACGAGGGAAAAAAAAACAAAAAAAUUAACGCAUUAGAUAGAAUACGGAAACCAUAUGCACCACAGUAGCGAUUCAAUCGACAUCUUCGCGACGCAGCGUCGAUACAGAGGUUUGAUGACGUACAUCCAUCGGUCGCCAUUAUUAUGAUGUCUCCGCGCCGAAGAUGGAUCGAAGUAGUACAAGAGUCGUGUGCACUCUUAAAUGAUGUCUUGUCAUCCUUGGUAUCUUCUCCUGUCCAACCAAGCUGAUAUGGAUGRUUGAACGAAUGCAGUUGUUGCUGCGAAAUAAAAGCCACCCGAAGGUCAGAGGUUCUCUCUGCUCGGGGGGUGAUUCUAUCACGCUUCAACGUCCCCGCGACAUCGGAAUCGAUGUGUCGGAGGACGAUGAUACCGGAAUCACCCAGAUUGCUGAAAUGCAAUUGAUGUCGGAUGCAAUCGAACAAGGCCACACAUGCCGUGCUAGAACCAAUAAUAUUCUCUGCUUUCACUCGUUCGUAGGCUUGCGAUAGAAUAUCUCCGGGACUUAUUACCCUCCGGAAUUUUCCACCACCAUUGUCUUUGUCUCUGUGACAUGCCUCUAAAAGAAUAUUUUCGCAUUCUUCCAUGAGCUUCGUAGAAAAUAGCCGAGGGUCAACCCCAUACUGUCUCCAACUUCCCACACCAUCCGCAACCCCAAAAUAUGUCACGUCCCGUAAGACUCGGUCUUUUUCGUCUUCCAAAUGCACACGUGUGGAGAAAUGAGCAUCCUCGGACAAGGAACAAUCAGUUGCCAGAUCCUCUGGGCCAUAAUCUCUUCGGUUGAAGCCAACGCCAUCGUGUGUCUUGAACGGGUGCGGCAAUUCGGCUAUGCCAAGGUUGGUGAAUAGAGGUUUUUGCUGCAAUGCCAAAUGUGCGUGCAUAAAGGUUGGUGGUUCUGCCAUGCUUGUGUCACUACUCAGACCAACACGUUCUGAAAUGUCGUUCAAAUAGGCCUUUUUCCCUCCCUUGUCAGUUGCCGACAACCCAUAAUCGUUCAUGUCUCGUGCUGURAUCAGACCUUCUACUUUCCCCUCGUCCGACAAUAUAGGUAAGCAUUUGAU